AUAGCUCUCUCGUACUGUUGGGGUGGGCCGCAACCUAUCACCACGAGACAAGACAACGCACAGGAUCAUACGAAUGGCAUCGUCUUCUCCGAGCUUCCAAAGACCCUCCAAGACGCAAUAUUCGUGACAUCCGAGCUUGGUAUGCGUUAUUUGUGGGUAGACUGUCUAUGCAUCAUCCAGGAUGAUCCAGAGGAUGUUGCUCGAGAGAUCUCACUUAUGGCACAAAUCUUCGAACAAGCAUACGUCAGCAUUUCGGCUGCCAGUGCUGCGAGCGUACAUGAAGGAUUUCUUGCCAAUCAAAACGCACCUGUUGGAACUGCUGUCCCCGUGACAUUCAAUUUUCCCGACUCGGAUAUGACCCCACUCUUGAUAGAGCGAGUAGAACGAACACGCGACCCUGCAAACGAUCCAAUCAACCUUCGCGCUUGGACCUUGCAAGAACAUAUUCUAGCUCCUAGGAUGCUCGUGUAUAGUACAGAGGAGCUCUGGUGGCAGUGUGAGAGCUCGGUGACCCAUUCUAAAGGCCAGGAAGAAGACCUGUACUAUUUCUCCUCUAAGCUGGAAAAACACCGGCGUUCACUCGACUACUGGAGGUCAAUCGUUCAGGACUACAGUCGACGCUUUCUCACUUAUUCCAAUGAUAAACUCCCUGCACUCGCCGGCAUUGCAGCUCGAUUUAGCCGGACUUCGAGUGCUCGAUACUUCGCAGGAUUGUGGGACAUCGACCUGCUCGGCGAACUCAUGUGGUGUUCCAGUCGAUCCGAUAUCUCACGUCCCGCUACUCAACGUGCACCUUCGUGGUCUUGGGCUUCUGUUGACGGCGAGGUGCAU